UGUCCGCUCUCCUAAACAGACAGUCCCUAUACCUGCAGUGUUCAGCUCAGACAUGAGGCCGUGUCCCAGGGAGGGGACUUCAUACGCGUGGCUGUUUCUUACUUGUCUAUACAAUGCUGCUCUAGCUGUGGAAAGGCACUACUACAUUGCAGCUGUCUAUAUUGACUGGGAUUAUACUUCUUCUGGACCUCAAAGGUCUGGGACAGUGUACAAGAAAGCAGUAUACAGAGAAUAUGAGGAUGCCACCUUCAAAAAGGCCAAGCCCCAUCCACCAGAGUUAGGUUUGCUUGGGCCAACGCUGCGUGCACAGGAAGGCGAUGAGAUCGUGGUAACGUUCCGGAACAUGGUGGAGCAGCCUUGCAACUUCCACAGUCAUGGCAUCGAAUAUGGCAAACAGUCCGAGGGAGCUUACUACUUUGACAACACUUCCAAAAAGGAGAAGGAGGACGAUGUGGUGUACACUGGGGGAUCCCACACAUACUUCUGGGAGGUGACGUCAGCGGUGACCCCAGCAGCCGCCGACCCGCCCUGCCUGACGUACACCUACUUCUCCCACAUCGACCUCAUCAAGGACUACAACUCAGGCCUGAUCGGCACUCUGCUCAUCUGCAAACCGGGAAGCCUUGAUGACUCUGGGAAGCAGAAACACUUUCAUCAGGAGAACGUUCUGCUGUUUGGCAUUUUUGAUGAGAGCCUCACCUGGUGUAGCAAAGGAGUCCCCUCCUCCACCGACAGCAUCAAAUACACCAUCAAUGGCUACGCCAACGGCACUGUGCCUGGUUUGAGCGUCUGUGCCUACAGCUCUGUCAGCUGGCAUUUCCUGGGCAUGAGCUCUUCGCCGGAGCUCUUCUCUAUUCACUUUAAUGGGCAAGUGUUCUCGCAGAAUGGGCACAGGGUGUCUUCAGUGGGCAUCAUAAGUGGCACCACCACCAGUGCCAGCAUGACUGCAGUCCACACCGGACGGUGGCUCAUCUCUUCCUUCAUUAGCAAGCAUCUGGAGGCGGGGAUGCAUGGCUAUUUGAUGGUGAAGACGUGCGAGGGCUUCACCAAACCCCAACGCAAGCUCACUGCCCAGCAGAGACGAGAGAGCCAAAUGUGGACCUACUACAUCGCUGCCGAGGAAAUAAUCUGGGACUACACUCCGAACAUGCCGGACUACAUUGAUACGGAUUUCAGAUCCAAAUACAUGAAGCAGGGUCCUGACCGUAUAGGCAGGAAGUACAGGAAGGCAGUCUUCACCCAGUACACGGACGAGACGUUCACCAAGAGGGCUGAGGAUAAACAGAGGAAGAUGGAACAGGGUAUCAUCGGCCCCGUGAUCAGGGCGCAGAUCAGAGACCAGAUAAGAAUUGUGUUCAACAACAAAGCCACCCAACCGUACAGUAUCUACCCUCAUGGUCUGACUAUAGACAAAGCUGGAGAGGGAGCGAACUAUCCUACAGGAGGGAACCAGACCCACGCAGUGCAGCCUGGAGAGACACACAUGUACAUAUGGAAUGUGAUCGAUGAGGACGAGCCGUUGCCCAAUGACCCACGCUGCCUGACCAGGAUGUACCACAGUGCGGUUAACACCCCACGCGACAUCGCCUCUGGCCUCGUAGGCCCACUGCUCAUCUGCAAGAGCCAGUCUCUGAACAAGAGGAACGUCCAGUUGAAGGCCGACAAGGAGCAACAAGCCAUGUUUGCUAUUUUCGACGAGAACAAGAGUUGGUACCUGGAUGAAAAUAUUAAGGAAUACUGCAGUGACCCAGCCAGAGUCAAAAAAGAUGCCCCAGACUUCUACGCGUCAAAUGUUAUGCACUCGAUCAAUGGCUAUAUGUUCGAGAGUGGCCAAACCCUGGGCUUCUGCAAUGAUGAUAUCGUCACCUGGCAUGUCUCCAGCGUUGGAGAACAGACGGGCAUCCAGACGGUCACCUUCUAUGGCCAUACGUUUGAACUGAACAACAGGGAGGAGGACUUCCUCGCACUGUUUCCCAUGACAGGGGAGACCAUCAGUAUGAAAAUGGACAAUAUAGGCGAUUGGCUCUUAUCAUCACUGACCUCUCAUGACAGCACCAAGGGCAUGAGAGUGAAAUUUAGAGACGUAGUUUGCUUCCGGGAUUACGUUUACGAAUAUGAGGAUGGAGAGGGAGAGUACAAUAUUUGGAAGCCAGAGGUAUAUGUGCCCAUAGAAACAAAGAGUGUUGUAGAGGAAGUGCCCCUAGUAUUAGACAAGCAAUCUGACUACUGGGCCUCGCUUCUUGAUCUCAGAUCACAUAAGAAUUCAGGCAACUCCUCCCAACCCACCAUGGAGCCGCUGGAUCUCAGCCUGUUUGAUUAUCUGGACUACUCGCCAGGUGAAAGAACCAAACAGAACCAUGGUCACGCUGAGGAAGCAAGAAACAGUUCUGAUUCUGAACCAGACGCCUCUUCCCAGGCAAUCAUGGAUGUGUCAACCAGUGAAGUUACGGUGAACAACACAAUAUCAGCACCUUGGAAUGAAAGUCUAAACAUGAACACAACAGCAUCUUGGAAUGAGAAUGUAAAUGUGAACACUACAGCACCUGGGAAUGAAAGUCUAAAUGUGAACACAACAGCAUCUUGGAAUGAGAAUGUAAACGUGAACACUACAGCACCUGGGAAUGAAAGUCUAAAUGUGAACACAACAGCAUCUUGGAAUGAGAAUGUAAACGUGAACACUACAGCACCUGGGAAUGAAAGUCUAAAUGUGAACACAACAGCAUCUUGGAAUGAGAAUGUAAACGUGAACACUACAGCACCUGGGAAUGAAAGUCUAAAUGUGAACACAACAGCAUCUUGGAAUGAGAAUGUAAACGUGAACACUACAGCACCUGGGAAUGAAAGUCUGAACGUGAACACAACAGAGAGAACGUCUCUGGUGUCUUCUGUCAAUAAAACCACUGGUAAUUCCAUCAACAGUACUCACAUGUCUUUGCUGGCUAACACGUCAGAAACAUCUGUCCCGUUGGCAGCUCCUUCAUCAAACUCGUCAGUGAAUGAAACAAGGAGUGGCUCCAUGUUAAGCAAUAACACAUCUGACUGGUCAGACAUACAAACCAACAUCACUGAACACAAUGUCUCAUUAGCAUUGGUGGACCCAAAUAUGGUGCUGUCAAACAUGUCAGAAGUUCCAGAUGACAGAAGCAAUGACACACAAUCUUCUCAAAAUGUUACUGCUGAGUGGGCAGCAGACAGCAACAAAAUGGAGGGUGCUGAAACCCCUCUGGCGCCACUCACUGAGAGAUGGAAUGAGACUGACACAGAGUUUAUACUCCUGGAUGGAGAUGCUUCGAUGGAAAUCGGGCGAAUAGAGGAGGAAGCAGGCUCAGACACGCAGGGGUCACUCUACGAUAUUGUCAUCACUGUGCCUGAGGACAGCACUGGCACUUUGGUAGAGGGCAAAGCAGAUGAGUCACUAAGCCCUGAGGACACUCUCAUUCCCAACGCCACUGACGGCACUGAGAUUGGACCAGUCUCCGACGCUUUCAUUGAAGAGGACGGCAAUGGAACCUCUCCAAAUGACCGGCUCCUGACUUCCUUUCAAAGCACUGAGAUUGGUGAGAUCUUGCCUAUUAAUGAGUCAUUUGCCGAGAUCUUUCAAAAUGUCUCCUUGAGUAAUUCAUCUUCGGAGAGCAGUGAAUGGGCUCCUGUCAAUGCAUCUCACGGGUUGACGGGCUAUGGCAACACUUCGCAGGAGACUGAAGAGGACUGGAACAGCAGCGAGGAGGUGGUCAUCUACCUGAAGCACAACACUAGCGAGGGGGUUAAGACCAACCCAUUGGGCCAUCCAAAGGAACACUGGGGCUACGAGGGCAAACACAUGACCGUGCCCAUGGAGACCCCUGAGGAUCUGAUAAAGUACAUCCAGAACGAGACCAAGCCAAAGAAAGAACCGAAGAAGAAGGUGGUCCACAGGAGGGUGCGACCAUUCAAGGGACACGCCAUGAGAACCAGGAAGAAGAAACAGUACAAGCCCCAGGCCAGGUCCAGUUUGAGCCCAAGAGGGUUUCAGCCGAGGGGAGCCAGGCCCAUCUCAAAUGAGGAGGACACCUUGAACAAGGCCAUAGUCAUCGGGCUGCCCCGGUCAGACUUCAGCGAUUAUGACUUAUAUGCGAUUCCAGAUGACUACCACGACAGAAAGGAGAGCGCGAGCACGGAGGAAUAUGAGUACAUUGAGUAUAAGGACCCGUACACCCAAGGAGUGGAGACCCAGGGUAUGACACUAGAUGAGACAACACAGUAUUUCCUGAAGAAUCUGCCAACGGGCACCAACGUGAGACAGUAUUUCCUGAGUGCGGAGGAAGUUGAGUGGGACUAUGGCGGCUAUGGACAAAGGCGGUUUGACACAGAUCCUGAUGGAUUGCAUACUAAAUUCACCAAAGUGGUUUUUCGAGGGUAUCUGGACCCCAACUUUAAAGUACCAGACAUCCGAGGAGAGGUUGAGGAACAUCUUGGAAUACUUGGUCCUGUUAUCAGAGCCGAGGUUGGAGACACAAUCAUGGUUGUCUUCAGGAACCUGGCAAGCAGACCCUACUCACUUCAUGCAAACGGGAUCAAAUACAGCAAGCAAAUGGAAGGACUGAACUAUGUGGACGGCACACCGUACUGGUAUCAAGACGACAAUGCAGUGCGCACCAACGAGACGUACACCUACAUGUGGACAGUGAGCUCCAAAGUGGGACCGAAGGAUGGCGAACCCAACUGCCGCACCUGGGCCUACUACUCUGGAGUGAAUCCUGAAAGAGAUAUCAAUUCGGGACUCAUCGGCCCACUCUUGAUCUGCCGGAAGGGCAGCAAAAAGGCGUCCAGAGAUGAAGCCAGCAGAGAGUUUGUCCUUCUUUUCAUGACGUUUGAUGAAAACAAGAGCUGGUAUUAUGAGAAAAACUAUGAGAUGAUUCGAAGGAGAAGCAGGAAAACUGCCAUGGAUCCUUUGUUCAAAGAGAAGAUUAAAUUUCCAGCCAUCAACGGCAUAAUCUUUGGCCUGAAAGGCCUGAGAAUGUACUCCAAUCAACUGGUCAACUGGCACGUCUUUAAUAUGGGGGCAAAAAAUGAUGUGCACAGUGUCCAUUUCCACGGCCAGACUUUUCUGAACCACCAGAGCAAACUCCAUCGACAAGGCGUCUAUCCCCUUCUCCCCGGAGGGUUUGCUACCCUGCAGAUGUGGCCAGCUAAGCCAGGCCUUUGGCUUGUUGAGUCUGAAGUUGGCCUGUCCCAAAAAAAAGGAAUGCAAACUCUGUUCCUUGUGAUAGACGAUGAUUGCUCCCAUCCACUUGGCCUUAUGUCUGGCAGUAUUGAAGACAACCAGAUCACAGCCUCCGACACCAGAGGUUAUUGGGAGCCCCAUUUGGCAAGGCUGCAAAAUUCAGGGAAAUACAACGCGUGGAGCACAGACCAAAAAGAUUCCUGGAUCCAGGUUAAUUUCCAGAGGCCUGUGGUCAUCAGCAAAGUGGCCACACAAGGUGCCAAAGAGAUGUUCUCCUCCAACUAUGUGGUUAAUUACACCAUAUCAUACAGCAAUGAUCGCAAGUCGUGGACUUACUACCAGGGAGACAAUGAUGAGGAUGAGGAAGACAGUGACACCGUCAAGAAGACUUUCCUUAGAAAGACCUUCAGAGGUAACCAGGGAGCCCAUGAGGUAAAGGAAAACAUCUUCUUCCCGCCUAUGAUUGGUCGAUACGUGCGUCUCCAUCCUCUGCACUCCUACAACAACCCAACUGUGCGCAUGGAAUUCUUUGGCUGCGAGCUGGAUGGUUGUUCUGUACCACUGGGAAUGAAGAAUGGAGACAUUGGAGACCAGCAGAUACAAGCCAGCUCUGCGGCAAGCAAUUGGUAUUUGGGGACUUGGGAAGCCUGGCUUGCUCGUCUCGACAGACAGGGGACCGUCAACGCCUGGCAAGCUAAGCAUAAUGACAUGCAUCAAUGGCUGCAGAUUGAGUUGAAAGAUGUGAAGAAGAUCACAGGGAUCAUCACCCAGGGGGCAAAGUCACUGGGCACAAAGAUGUUUGUCUCUGCCUUCAUUCUGGAGCACAGCAAAGAUGGAAAAAGGUGGACUAAGUACUCAAGUGACUUGGAUUAUGAAGCAUCAGAAUUUCAAGGGAACACUGAUAACAACGAUCACAAGAAAAACUACAUAUACCCUCCCAUUUUUGCCAAAUUUAUCCGGAUUUUUCCCAGGAGGUGGCAGAAUUCCAUUACUAUGAGAGUUGAGCUUCUUGGGUGUGAUUUUGAGUGAGAUUAAAAGGGAAAGAAUGAGAGCUGGAAAAGUAAACAAUGAGCAUGGAUGACUGAUCCUGACUAUAAUUUUAUUAUUUUUUAUUAUGUUUUGCCUAUGUGAUUCUGCAUAUUCUCUAUAUUAUCAUGUAUAUAUGUAAGUACUGGAUAAAAUAAAUAGUUUUGGGAAUAAAA